AUGUCUACCAAAAGCUCUCACUUUUCCCCAUCAUCAGCUCUAGCGAUACCAGAGUUUGCUGGCCCUAGCUCCAAAAAUUUGUGGCCAUCCAGAGAAGUUCAGAUUCUUCAUCCCGUGAGGUUUCAGAGGUUUAAAUCCUCUAUCAUCGAUGCUCCUACUCCAUCCUUCACCGGCCGAGACCCUCCAUCGCUCCACCACCUUCCGUUUUGUCCAACCAAUUUUGAGAUGGACCAGAUCUGUAAUAUUCAGUAUUUGGGCUUUGCAAGCCCAUUAUUGCUCAAAGGUCUUCCUCACAACGUAACCCAUUUGAUCAGAUUUGAUAAAUCCAUUCAAUUAGAAGAGUAUUUUGCCGACUUGGGUUUCGAAGUACUGCCAACUUACCGGCGUAUCUUCGACCUCGCAGCUACGGUUCUAGAGUACUGCCAACUUACCGGCAUAUCUCUGAACUCGCCCCUCUAUUUUACAGAAAACGUUUUUAAACGCUCAGCCUUUACGGCAUUACGAGUUAUUAGUGUUGUUUGCUCGCCUUUAAUGGCAGAAGAACUGCAGAUCACUUUCAAAACGAUCAACUUAGAAGCCCCUUUGAAGAAGCUUCCAGUUUUUAUCUGUGGCGGUCGAAUCUCAUAA